AUGUCUGCGACCAAGAUUCAUCAGCCUGUUUACAAGGUGUACGAGCCCGGCUACCAUCCUCACCGGACCAUCAUCCUCGACGAACAGAUCGAGUCACCCGAAACACUGACGAUCCGGUUGGAGGAGGAAGCGGCUCGAAACGGAGGAGACCUCAGCGGGGGAUGCCCGCCUGGUCUCCUGCCAAUGCCCAUGUCUGCGUAUAAGGCGCAGCCGGCUCAGCUGCACGGGUAUGCAGACUCAGACUACUCGCCUUACCCUUCCCAGUCCUUUUCCCAGCAAACGGAGAAUGCGGCUUCACAACUCAACCAAAUAGCCUUUGCAGCCAACAACGCGGCAGCGGGGCAGUACCUCGCAACACAAGUAACAACUGGCGCCAACAUCAACAUCCUGUCUUGCCACCCCAGCCGUGGCCCGCCCGGGACUAAGGUAUCCUUGAAGGCGACGUGCCAGUAUGAUCUUGUCGGCAAUAGCGUGACCGCGUCUCCGCCGUUCGUGUCGCUGGUUUUCGGGUCUCAGCGGUGUUCUGCGCAAGUGUCGAGGGAUUCGAGAGAUGCAAACGGCGUUUGCACUUACACCCUCACAGCCGAAGCACCUCAGUUUUUGAGCACGGGCUGCCCAUCUUUUAGCAACGUUCCCGUGACGCUCCUGCUGGAGAACGGAAACGGGGACGAAAUGACACGGGUGGGAAAUGUGGGUGUUUUCUCAUACCUUGACGUGCAAAGCGGCGCAGGGGCAGGGGCCGCUGCGGUGCCUGAUGACAGUAGCCCGCCCGACUUGGGGUCUCCCAAGACCCGAUCACCUGUCCACCGGGCCAGCCCACCACACCAAGCUUCACAGGGACGGAGAAAGUCUGACAGCCCUGCCACCCAACAUGGCCUUCCCCAUGAAACAUCCUCAAAUACGUACGGCUUCUCCCCCAGUGUCUCGACCGCGAGUGCUGCGGCGCAAAUACAAUCCCAGAGCCAUGCACACGCCGACUUCUCUCCUUCUACUACGGGAGCCUACAACCAAGGAAGCAACACCAUGUUGUCAUCAUACCGCGCCGGUUCCUUCACGGACCACUACCCGCGAAAUCCGUCCAUGCUCCGGUCACCCCAUGGGGCCGGAUGGAUGUUCGGCAACCAGCUCGAUCCCCUUCGGGCCCCUAAUUCAGGCCUCGCACACAACCCUCACAGUGCACACAACUCCGUGUCUCGCUCGAUCUUGACCCCGCUACAACACCAAGCAUCAACUACACCACAGCUCAUCCGAACUAGCACUUUGGCCCAACCCGCCGGCGGGUUCCCCGGCUAUGGCGUUUACCAAGAAAAGGCAACACUGAAAAUUGCUGGCGAUCUCUCCACCAUGGCCGAGGGAUGGAGCCAGGAAGAGUGGGAGAGCAAGCGCAGGCUGGUGCUCUUUCGGAAGCAGCAAACGGGGAGCGUUCUCACCGUCAGCUUUAAAGCCGUCAGCGCGGCAGAGCGGCCACCUCACAGCAUCUGCAUUAGUUGUAUCUGGUGGGAGGAGAAACAAGCGUGCUACGUCACGUCGGUCGACACUAUCCACCUGCUUGAGCAGCUCCUCGCCGCACCAAACCGGUUCGGCGUCGACGAGAAGAACCGCAUCCGCCGAAACCUCGAGGGAUUCCGCCCGGCGACCGUCAGCAAAGCCCGCUCGGAGAGCGAGGAAUUCUUCAAGGUCAUUAUGGGCUUCGGCAACCCAAAGCCGCGCAACAUUGAGAAGGAUGUCAAGGUGUUCCAUUGGAAGGAUCUCUCAGGGGCCCUGUACAAAAUUAUCUCCAAGUACAGCGCCUCGACGACAACAAACGUCAUGACCCCGACCACAUCACCCCACGUUGCCACGACCAUGGGCCUCGGCGGAAGCUAUCCAGCCCUCCCGCCAACACCAGUCUCCACGACAUCGAGCACCACAGCCGACCCGGCCGCUGCGGGUGUCAGUUACGCCGGCCACCACCAUGCAGACUCCCUCACGAGUCCACGGACUCUCUCCGGCGGACCUUCCUCUUGGGGCCCGACGUAUGGCCCAGCCUCCAAAGCCAUGUCGCCGGCUCUGAAAACCAGUUCACCAGGGACCGGGUCAAGUUUGCGCCUUUCCACGACGCUACCAGUGGCCUACGAUCACCGCGGCUCGACACACAGCGUGUCAUCGGUCACCUCGCCAUACGGUUUAUCCGGACCUUCAUCUCACCACACCCCUCACAGCACACACACACACCAUGGGCACAGUGGCGGCUACGCUAGCCACUCCAACGUCUCCGCUCCGUCAGGCCCGUCCAGGAAUUGGGAAAGCUACUCUGUGGCGGAUGGUUACCAAAGCCAGACGAGCAGCGGCCACAGCCACGGCCAGGUGUAUGGCAGCAGUGGGUACGGGGAGGGGCCACCGCGCGCUUGA